UUAUUUACAUAUGGCUUAGGAGUGCAGAACAUUACUAAAAGAAUAAAACCUUCAUUUCUUAUCCUCUUACAUGCCAUCCCUAUUGCUCUUCUAUCAAAAUGACAUUUAAUGUAAAUGAGGUACAAAAAGCAUUUUCCCCCCUCCUCCUCCCCCUCCUCCUCCUCCUCCUCCUCCUCUUCGCCAUAUAGAUGAUCUACCCUUUAAUAUGGAGCCCUAUGCUAAAGAGUUGCUUUUGAUUGCACAAACAAGGCACAAGAUCUUCCAUGAAGACCUUGUUGUCAAAGCUUUCUAUGAGGCAGAAAAUGCCCACAGAGGCCAGGUGAGAGCUAGCGGUGAUUCUUGUUUUCAGCAUUGCAUCGAAACUGCUAUGUUGUUAGCAAUAAUAGGUGCAAAGUCAACUGUUGUUGCGGCCGGUCUUCUACACGACACACUUGAUGAUACAUUCAUGACUUAUGACUAUAUAUUUCGGAUAUUUGGAGCUGAGGUUGCUGAUUUGGUUGAAGGGGUGUCAAAGCUUAGUCAAUUGAGCAAACUUGCACGAGAGAAUGACACAGCAAAUAAAAUUGUUGAGGCAAAUCAGUUGCAGACAAUGUUCCUGGCAAUGGCAGAUGUCAGGGCAGUUCUCAUAAAACUGGCUGACCGGCUACACCAUAUGAUGACCUUGGAUACUCUGCCUCUGACCAAGCAGCAGAGGUUUGCCAAGGAAACGUUGGAAAUAUUUGUCCCCCUGGGAAACCGAUUAGGUGUAUGUAGUUGGAUCGAACAACUCGAGAAUCUGUGUUUCAAGUAUCUUAAUCCUCUUCAACACAAGGAGUUGUCUUCAAAAUUUUUGCAGCACUUUGAUGGGGAUUUAGUUACUUCUGCUAUGGAGAGAUUGAAACUUGCAUUGAAGGAUGAAGGCAUUUGUUAUCAUGCUCUCUCAGCCAGGCACAAAAGCUUAUACAGCAUCCACCGCAAGAUGUUAAAAAAGAAGCUCAAUAUGAAUGAAAUUCAUGAUAUUCAUGGGCUAAGGUUAAUAGUUGAUACUGAGGAAGACUGCUACAAAGCUGCCACAAUUGUCCACCAGCUAUGGCGUGAAGUGCCUAGAAAGUUCAAGGAUUACAUUCUUCAUCCCAAAAUUAAUGGGUAUCAGUCUCUACACAUGGUAGUAUACAUAGAAGGAAUGUUGCCAUUCGAAGUCCAGAUUCGAACGAAGGAGAUGCACUUGCAAGCGGAGAGUGGUUCUGCAGCUCAUUGGAGAUACAAGGAAGAAUAUUGCAAGCAUUCUUCAUUUGUGCUUCAAAUGGUUGAGUGGGCGCGAUGGGUCGUUACCUUGCAAUGUGAAACAAUGAGCAAAAUCCAUUCUGGAUCCAUCAAACCUCCAAGCACAUUUUCUUCUCAUUCUGAGGAUUGCCCCUCAUACUCUUUUAUACCUGAUUGUGUUCUUGAUGGACCUGUUUACGUGAUCAUCAUCGAGAAUGAUAAGAUGUCGGUACAAGAAUUUGCUGCAAAUUCAACAGUUAUGGAUCUGUUGGAGAAAGCUGCUCUUGGGAGUGGUGGAUGGUUAGUCCCUGAUCAGUUUCCAAUGAAGGAAGAGUUAAGGGUACAGUUAAAUCAUAAGCCGAUUACAGACCCCUCACGCAAGCUGAAAAUGGGGGAUGUCAUAGUACUAACCUCAUCCAUAUGUCAUAAACCCUAAUAAAAUAGAGGGAUGAGAUCAAGGUCCAAAUGUGGCGACUUUAGGCUUGUCCAUGGCUGGUUCAAGAAAUUGACCAUAUAUUAUUCGACAUUCAAAUACAAAAUUGUAAUACUUACUAUAAUAAAUGGACCUAAAAGCAGAUACUAUUGUGAAAAUAAUGAGAAGCGGUGCUCCAAUUGGAGCCCUGACAG